AUGUUGGAAAACUUGAGCAUGAAUGCUACAUCCGAAGAAGGAAUUGGGGAAAACCUGUCAAGCAUUCGUCGUUAUAUCCCCAAAAGUGUUCUGAACAAUUGGAUUGCGGAAGAGAUCCCUGUAAUUUUUAGAAAUAAUUCAGAGUCUCCAAAUAUCAAUGAUAUGAGUAAUGCUGCUACUAACUCAGAAUCUCCUUUUGGACAAGAUAUGUGGCUAGAGGAACCUCAAGAUUUUGAAGAUGAUCGAGAUUGUAACCUAUCUCCUGAUUUGUUAAGGAUGUUUUUCAAUUUCUUCCUCAACAGUAGUGUGCUGGUUUUAGUCCUGUUGAUGUCAACCAAGACAGAUGGUCAAGUUAGACAAACUAUCAUAGUAGAUCAAUCAGGCCAUGGGAGUUUCACCACUAUUCAAAAUGCCAUUGAUUCUGUUCCAUCAAACAAUGAAGUUUGGACACUUAUUCAUGUUAAAGCCGGUAUCUACAAUGAAAAGGUGACUAUCCCUAGAGAUAAACCAAGAAUUCUUCUUCAAGGAGAGUCAGACAGUUCGACAAUUGUCCAGUUUGGAGAUGGGGGUGACUCCAUUAGAAGUUCUACACUCUCUUUGUAUGCUGACGAUUUUGUUGCCAUGGAUAUAACAUUCAAGAAUACUUACAAUCUUGAACCUGGAAAACCAAUUACAUGGGCACCAGCAGCUCUGAUCAAUGCAGACAUGGCUGCAUUUUAUCGAUGUGGGUUUGUAAGUGUACAAGAUACACUGACAGAUUCAGAAGGUCGUCAUUACUUUGAAAAUUGUUAUAUUGAAGGUGCUGUUGAUUUCAUAUGGGGAAACGGAAGAUCAAUUUACCAAGGAUGCAAUUUAAAUGUAACGGCAUCGGCUCAACGUAGCGGCAUGGCGGCUUAUAUCACCGCUCAAGCUCGGGAUAGCAUAGUUGAUCAUAGUGGUUUCGUGUUCAAAGAGGGAUGGAUAUUCGGAACAGGUCCUGCUUAUCUAGGAAGAGCAUAUAAACCUUAUGCCAGAGUAUUGUUUUACCGCACGAGGAUGUCGGGUAUCAUCGUACCACAGGGUUGGGCAGCAUGGAAUUAUGUUGGGAAAGAAAAUAGUAUAGUUUAUGCAGAAGUAGAUUGUACAGGAGCAGGGGCAAACAAGUCGAAGCGUGUGGCAUGGGAGAAGAAGCUGUCGUCUAAGGAUUUGAGCUAUUUAUUAAAUAUCAACACGUUCAUAAACAAUGGAGGCUGGAUCCAAAGACAACCUAAGGGAGGCUCUUAA